AUGGCGGAUCAAGAACCUCAGCCUACGCGGGCGGAGCAGAGAAUGAUGGCUGUUGCAAAACUUAAAAGAGCUGCAUCAGUACCACGAUUGAAGGAUGGUAGGCGGCCACCGAUGCAUGUUGAAGCAGUCAGUGAAGGAGAGAAGCCAGUGGUCAAUGGAGUGGCCAGCGAAGAGGUAGAGGAGGAAGUUCGGGAAGUUCAAAUCAGUUACAGUGAAGCAGAGAAGCUGGCGAGCGACACAGAGCAAGGUCAACCCGAUGACGACAAAAACGUUGACCCCGAUAGUCCGCCUCCUGAAGAAAACACUCCAGAAGCCGAAAUAGAGGUGGACGUUGAAGAGGAACGUCCGUUCUCGCCAGGACUCAAUACGCGAUCAAAAAGGCGUUCUCGCUCGCGUUCACGUUCCAGAGGUUCAAAAGACUUCAAGGGAAAGGCGAGAGGGGCACAAUCACCCGUCCAACAAGUUGCUGGUGAUUCCUCUCCAGAUGAGGGUCCACCAUUACUACAUCCUAUAGCACUACCCAUGUUGACGCCCCUUCUAUCUCCGAUACCCUCUCAUUUUGCGCUUCUACAACAGUCCCGCCUCCUGCGUUCGCCUACACCUGCAUCCCCAGAGCCCUCUUUAUUUUAUCCUGGCACUUCACCCCCAACACCGAUUCCAUUGCCAACGCUAGAAGCUCUUCAGAGGGGUCUGAUACGGUCAAAUAGUGCGGGAAGCACUGCUGCGGGUCGGAGGAUGGCAAUGCACAAGUUGACAGGUGGCACGGAAACAUACGACUCAUCACCGCCACCAACUCCACCUCCUCUUCCCGGAAAAUUGGGGCGUAACAACACUGUCGCUGGCGGAGAGCGUAUUGCUGCUCGCCAAUUGAUGUUCAGUCGGCUGGGUGGGAGACUGAAUAAGGAUUUUGAAGAGCAGCAGACAAGCGGCGCAGAGGAUAGAACUGCUCCAUCUCCGACUCCAAGACGUCGAAGAAGGUCUCGUAGAGCCUCAGCUAGUGUCAACACCGCGAACGCACAAAUUUCUGACUCGGAGCUUGUCACGACUUCACCGAACACACCACUGGUCCCACAAACCCCCCUGCCUCUCCCACUAGAAGCGUUUGCAAACCUUCGUGCUCAGUCGGCUACCCCAAAUCAAGCCAGCAGUUCGCGCAAUCAAAGCAAUGAACGUGCCGUGGAGCCACCACCAUCAUUGCCUCAAACCGAGCCUGAAACUGAGCCCCCUGAACCUCGACGUCGAAGCGUGUUAGUGGAAGAAGAGGAUGAUGUUGAAGACCGAAUUCCCUCCCUACCACUACCCGUGAACAAUUCCUUGCCAGGCACUCCUCCUCAAUGGUAUUCUCCCCAUAUCGCUUCGCUACGCACACCUCAAUUUUCAAAUCCUCCUUCAAACGGAUCAUCAGACUCUGUUUCUGGUACAGGGGUUUUGCCUGUGUAUUUAAGCCAGCGGUCCCCGUCUCGGAAUGGUCCCUUCCCAACCAGUCCAUUCACAACGCCUUUGAAAGAGGAGAAACCUCCUGGAGACGAAGACGAAGAGCAGGUUUUGUAUCCUGCAGAGAGUAGGCCCCGUACUCCAUAUGUAAGCAACAUGGAAUUUGACCGUGAGAUUAGUUGGGUUGCUUCUCCUGUUCCGGAAAUUCGCAUGCCUAUUGACGAUAAAGAAGAUGAUGAAGAAGGGGAAGAGGUAGAGGUCCACCAGGAGGAUCCUGACGACGAAUACGUUGAAUAUGAGGAUCCUCCUCUAUCUGCUAGUUCUUCCACUGGGUUCUCGCCUCAGGAUGUUGAAGCCUUUGACGAUAUUUCUCCUCGAAUGUCAACUAGUUCCAAGAGCAUAGUGGUCGAGUCGGAGACCUCUCUGGAUGCUAUACCACCCCAUCAUAUACCAACCUCUCCGUCACUAGCGGCUUUAUCUCAGACGGCUUCCUUCACUCUUGCGAGCGAUGUGUCUAUGUCUCCGCAAACCUACCCAGCACGACUUUCCAUUGCAUCUCGCAUUCAGAGUGAUCGCUCACCAUUGAAUGGAGACUUUACCGACUGGGAGGAUCGUUUUCCUAGUGCUGAACCAUCUACGAAACGGAAUGGCGAAAGCUCAUCCCCAAGCACAUGGGACAAGCUUAAAAGCACAUUUACUCGUACUGGUUCAAGUAGUGGCCGUCGUUCACGAACAAAUAGCAUCGUCACUCGUGAAAGACGUGAUCACACUGAUUCCAGCAUCAGUCGGGAAAGCGGCGCCAGCGUGAAUAGCGGGAGAACAGACAAGGGCGAGACGAUUCUCUUCCAACAUCAACCCCAGCAGCAACCCUUGAUGCAGAGCCCUUCUGCGUCUGCAUCCAUCCUUUCAUUAUCGCAUGCUCCACCGCGAGGUGGUGCUUCUCCAAUCCCUCCAGUGGCUUCUGGUGACAUGGCGAAGUAUCGAAAUGCGAAGUUGUUCCCUUUCCCUGGAAUGAAGCAAUUGCAGGAGCAACGUCGGGUCGCAACAGGGGGUUAUCCAGCAUCUGCCUCAUCGCCCGACGUUUCUAUGGCAUACAGUGGUCAAGAAGACGUACAAACUCCGCCGCCUACAUCUCACUCUUUGACUUUGAACUCUUCUUUUAAUCCAGAGUCCGGUGAGCUGUCCUCCUUGGGCUCAGGACCUCCUUCGGCCUCUCAUACAGACGUUUUCACCAUUUCACCUAUUUCGCCGCAAAACGGAUCAUCUUUGAACCUGAAAUUGCCCAUGACACUUCCUGGUGUGAAACAAUGGCUGAGCAAAAACAACAAGAAGAAGACUGUUCCGCAUCAGAGCUUGUCACCUUCGGCCUCGGCGUCAUUCUCCCCUCCUCCCAUCGAAUUGCAGAACUCCUUCAACUCAAACAAAAAAGCUUCACUAACGGAUUUGCUUCGAGUAAAGGAGACUGAACUUGGGACAGAUUGGGAAGAUAUUGGGAUCACCCCGACGAGUACGAAAUCAAACACGUUGUUGGGGAAAAGAUUGAACGGGCCUGAGUUGAAGGAACGAGUAGAAACUCCUUCCCUAAAUGGAACGCCAUAUCACACCGACACAGAGAAAACACCCAAAGCCAAAAAGAUUAUGCCUCCUUCCUUCGCUAUGUCAUCGGAACCUCGACAUCUCUCGCCCGACGAUCAACCUCCGCCCAGUACCUCACGGUCAGAACGACCUGUCUCUGGGACGCCCUAUCCCUCCUCUUCAUUGAGUGAUUAUCCCAAUCACUCAACGUCCGAAUCUGAGUCAACGUCAUCUUCAUCUUUGAGCCACCCCUCUCAAGGUUCUGCUGUUCUAGAGCGCCUCGAGGAGAACCUUACGCGAGGCUCACGUAAUCCUAUGCUGGUGAAUGUAGUCGACGAUCCCCCUCGAAAGUUAUUGUUAUCAUCGCCAGUUUUGCAGGUCGUCGAUCCCAAUACGGUGAAGGACAGAUUUCUUUUCUUGUUUUCUGAUAUCCUCGUUAUCGCAAAACCCGUUUCUCAUGAUCAAGACAACUUUAUGGACGCUUACAAGCCUAGCCCUCCCGAUAGGAAAUAUGUGGUGAAGAGUGUUGUCCUGCUUCGAAAUUUACGUUUUUUCCCGGAUAGGACGGAAUUUCAAUCAAGGACUGGAAACAAUUCUCCUGUUCCUCGAAAUCCCCUCGUCAGGUCUUUCGUUCUAAAUUUUUCGAAAGAUCCAGAUUAUGCCAUCACCACCCUGUUUUCCAAAUCUAAUAUCCCGGAUGACCCACAACUGCUUGGUCAAUUGCUAUUCAAAACUAUCGACUUGGAUAGAGCUCGCUUGGGGGAUUACCUGUCAAGGAGGACCUCGAAGAUUGUCCUCAAAACAUACCUGGAUAGUUUUGGAUUUGCGGGUUUAAGGAUUGAUAUUGCUUUGAAGGUCUUCCUACAAUCACUUCACGUCUCUCCCAAGUCGACUCAGAGCCAUGGGGCUUCAGAAUAUCUUCUUGAUUUCUUUGCUGUCCGGUGGUACGAAGCCAAUGCCAAGAGUGUGGCGUAUGACAAGGAUAUGGCUAUUCGCCUUGUUCGGGGUCUCGUUCAGCUCAACGACCUGCUUCAUGACGGAAUCGCGGAUGAAGCUGGCAGAUCAGACGAUGUUAAACGCAACAUUACUAGCAGGGAUUUUGUGGAUGCCUUCCGGCGAACUGAUGUGCGGUGUCUCGUGUCUGACGAGUUUCUAGAAGAUGUUUAUGACUCUAUUCGUUCCGAGAGGCUAUGUCAAGCCCGUUACCCAAGUCCGACGAGCAGCGCAGAUUUGCAGGUCACCAUCAAACGGCAGUUACCAGCUCGUCUAACCUACAAGAUACAAUCUGACCCCAUCAUCUUCCGCAUACCCCAUGUCGAUCCUUCUUUCUCGAUACAACUCUAUGGUCAAGAUUUGGUCUUUGAUCCUCCUGUUCUAACUUUCGCAAAAUCAUCAGAGGCGUCAUUCCGCGUAAUGGGAACUUCCCUUGGCUCAAAAACUGUGACCCUAUGUCGAUCUGGACCAAACGCUGUGAAUUACGCUGGUUUGCCCAUAAGUCAUACCGUGGUUGUUGAGCGCGCCUUCAUGCGCAACACUUUCCAGCUAGCUUUCUCAAAUCACACGGGGUUGAAGCGAAGAUAUAUGUUCAGCGUCGAUGACCCUCUCAUUCGUCAUCAGUGGGCCGUAUCUCUUAAACGACAAAUCAACAAUGCUACAGCAGCAGCAGAGCUGUCCACGGGCUCUUCGACGCCAGUAGCAUCCACAUUCUUACAAGCUGCUGAGAGUGUUGCAUUCAAGGUCCUUCAGGAGAUUUUGAUAGGAACCUCAAUUCCCUCGAAUCCGCCUAGUUCAAAAGGACCUCUACAUCGACACAACAUCUCGUCUCAGUCCAGCCAUGGUAGCGUUAACAUUAACGGCGGCUUGACGGUCGACCACAGAGGUUCUCCUCAGUCUCUUGCAGCACUGGUCCGGUCAAAGUCUCGUAGCAAAGUUUAUCACCGGCACGGGGCAGGCAAAAACGAGCUUGAUCUCAGCAACAACGCAAAAAGUCGCAGCCCACUUGAAAACGGUGGAGGGGACCUUUUCGAGAAUUCUGUUGUGUAUGACCAAAGCGUCCGGAUUGAAGGGAACGUCUGGUCAGGGCGUGAUCUGCAGAUGCAAUGCCAACAAAAUAGCUCAAUCCCGUUGGUGCUUGCAUUCCUCCGAGUUGAUUCCCAAGAACAUGUAACACCAUAA